GUCUAUGACGUAUUUUGACGUUUGUCAUUAAAAAACGUCGCUGUUUUGCGGUGUUGAACAGCUAAUAACAUUUUUUAUUAACAGAAAACCUAAUAAACAAUCAAUUAUACACCAUUGAUAUGUACUUGUUUUCCACACAUUAGUUUAUUAAUAAGUUUCACUACCUAUAACAAUGAUUACGCUUAAUAGAAAAUUAAAAAAGGAACAUACGGAGCCCACAAACGGUAUUAAAGUGGAUACAAGCAAAAGGAUAUCAGUUAGGGACAAGUUGCUAGUGAAAGAGGUUCAGGAGAUGGAGGAGAACCUCCCUGGGACGUGUUCUGUGUAUUUUGAGGACCCGAAUGUGCUCAGCGAGUUCACAUUGACAGUGGCCCCUGAUGAAGGUUUUUGGCAUGGGGGCAAGUUUAAAUUCAGUGUUUUUGUCACUGAAGACUAUAAUAUGGCACCUCCAAAAGUGAAAUGUCUAACUCGGUUGUGGCACCCGAACAUAAACGUGGACGGAGACAUCUGCUUGUCCCUGCUGCGGCAGACCUCAAUUGAUGAGCACGGCUGGGCACCCACUCGGAGACUCAAGGAUGUGGUGUGGGGCCUCAAUUCUUUAUUUACUGAUCUCCUAAACUUUGAAGACCCUCUCAACAUCGAAGCAGCCGAGAUGUACAAAAAGAAUAAAAUCGAGUUCCAAUCAAGAGUCCAGGAGUACAUAUCAGGAAAUAAAGGCAAGAGAUGAAAUUCGGUCCCGUACAGUAUCCUUAGGAAUCUUUGUACAUUAAUUAUCGUUUUCAUCUACCAUUAUUUUGUAGGUAAAUAUUUAAUACUCCAAAAGUGAUAAAUCUAUAUUUAAAUAAUUCACAUUAUAAUAAUGAUGGUGUUUUUUGUGGCUGUGAUUUUAUAUGGUUGUGUUUACUUGGUUUGGUGAAAUUCAAUUUUGU